AUGAGCGGUUACGCACAUUCCAGCGCUGGUUCGCAUUACAACUACGAUACAUUCGGAGACUUUUGUUAUGAGACGUUGAACGGUACACAUCCAAUGUAUGGGUACUCGCAGAAUCAGCUGAACAGUCCCAUCGAUCACGAGCAAAGCCCUGUCGGUGUAGAACUUCGAACAGAAUUCCCGACAAUGGCCAACCGCGAAUGCUAUGCGCCAACGAUCCGGUUCAUCGCAACACCUCUCAGCUUCAAGUUUUUCAUCAGUACCUUCCAGCUAUCGGUCGUCAAAUAA